GUUCAUGUGCUGUUAUUAAAAAUUAUUUAUCGUUCAAUGCAUUUCCCGAUGCAUUAAUUAAUUAUAUUGAAAGGGUGAUAUACUCCAUUUUUUAUACUAUAUGUACAUAAACUUGAAGAAGGACACUUGGCAUAUUAAUAUUGGCUAGCAAGAGAUGAGGAGCAAUCUAAGUGAUCAAGGUUGUGUGGCUGUUUGAACUGAAAUAUACUACGUGUUUGUGUAUGCAAAUUGCAGCAGAGAUUGUACCUAAUAUUACUUAAUAUUGAAGAUUGAAGUGUCUGGUCUCUCAUUUCUGAGUGUGAAAAACACAGAGAAGUACAAUGGCCACCAGCAGCACUGGUUGUAUUACAACCUCUUCAGUUGCCUGUGUUGGCCUCGUGCACAAAGCAUCUCUAUCCCGCCCCUCCUGUCUUCUCGGGUUGCCAACGAAUAUGGGAAAGGUGAAAUGUUCAAUGGAAAGAGAGCAAGUAAAGGAAGAGUCAAAAUUAGGAAUGUGUGGAUCAUUGAUAGCCGCAGCAUGUGCAGCAACUAUGUCAAUUAGCUCACCAGCAAUGGCACUAGUGGAUGAGAGAAUGAGCACAGAAGGAACUGGGCUUCCAUUUGGGUUAAGCAAUAACCUUCUUGGUUGGAUCCUUUUUGGAGUUUUUGGUUUGAUUUGGUCUCUUUACACUGUUUAUACUUCUAGCCUUGAUGAGGAUGAAGAUUCUGGAUUGUCCCUUUGACCUUAUAUUUUAAGUAUAUUCUUAGUUGUGUAAAAUAAUCAACAACAUUAUUCCAUCGUAGUACAUAAGUGAGGUUUGAGAAAAUUUUAUCUCUACUAGGCUCUUUUUGAUUGACAAUUGUGUAAAAUAAUCAUGACUACUGAAUGUAUUGAUGUUGUGUAUCUAUGAACUUCUUGGAAUGCUAA